AUGUGCCUCGCCAAGACGAUAUACACAUGCCAACAUAAGGAGAAGAAGCGUGUAGCCUGCCGCAAAACAUGGCGCCAACGAACGAGCUGGUGCUUUCGCCCCAUCCUCUUCUUCGUGCUCGGCAAGAGCUCCGAUGAGCCUUGCGAUGAGCUCCGCGUCAAUGACACCGUCUGGCCCUCCGUUGCAUGCCCAGAGUGCCGCCAGGCCGAAGAGACGGGCAUCGCCACCAGGGGCAUGGUCAUCAGCACUACAGCUACUACGAACAAGUACCGCGAUAAACUGACGCCCGCGGCGCUAGCGGCCUCGCGGAUGCGUAAAGAGGACUUAGAGAAGCAGGAUAAGGUGCAGGCGAACUAUUGGUCUCGACAGGAGAAUUUUCAGGAGGAGCUCCGGAAGCGAGAACUGGAGGAGGAGGCUGCUCGGGGUCAAGCUCAAGCUCAGGCGCAGGCUCAAGGAGGCGGCGACGCUGUGAGCGACAGCUACGCUGACAGGCCCCUGCCCGCCCUUCCCUGCUUCCCAGCUGCUUCAGUUGGUGAUACUCGGGGGGAUCCGGGCUAUCAAAACCCACGGUUCCGUUCCAAAAACAUGUUUCUUCCGCCUCCAUCACCUUCCCAACCAGCACCCGAAGGGAGGGCUCCUACCGCACCUAAGAAUCGUCCAGCCGCGGUCACCAGCACCGGGAGCCCCAUCAGCAGAUUGUCUCGAUUCUCACAAGAGCGAGUAGAACGACCCACGAAGAAGAACUACUACGGCAGGGGUACUGCAGAGGCCAUACGGGUCACUGACGAGGGUAUAAGGACCUACCAGCGAUCACUAUUGGGCCCGCAGCUUACGAACUUGGUGGAGGGCGGGGGGCCAGAGGCAACGCCACCGAUCACCGAGAGACGGGGCAGGGAGAUGACGCAACUGGUCGAUACCUACCGGCGGGUCGAGCGGCGGGCUGAGCCGCGGUUCCAGCCGAUUGUGCACCGACGUCCCACGCCCGAGUCCUCGCCGGAGCCGGUGCCGGCGCCAAAGACGGAUAAUAAACGAAAGGCGAUUUGGAACCCGUUUAGUAACAACGGUCGCCGAGACGACGAGGCUCGUUAG